GGGGUUGGAAGAAAUGCCAACUCCCUGUCGUUGGCUUUGACGAGACGGUGGGUCCCAUAGGGGAGCCACAGGUGACUUCGCCCAGGCGUGGAUCUUUCGGAUGCUCUCUUGUAAACGUGGUCCCCAGCUUCAUUCAAGAGAUGGGAAGGAAAGACCCAAACAAGUAGCGCUCGUUGAGCUGUUUUCACUCACAACACUUCGGACGCCACAUGUAAGGUUUUUCCUCCCGAUAUCAUUUCUGCAACUCUCUGGACACCAGUAGGUGUCCUGCAACUCGGCUCAGCUCUGAUACUGUCUGCCUGGAGUAAGAACCAGAUCCCACAGGUUGAAGGGCCUGGCACUGCCCCAAGGGAUUGUAAGGAACCAGCUCCGCAGUGGCCAUGUGGGAGAGACGCAUAAGGUAACACAAGCCUCAGAGCUCCUCCCUGGGGUGUCGAGAACCAGUGAGCUUGGGACGCGUGAGGGAAAGACGAGGGCCAGGAGGAACACGUGAUCUGUGUUUGCAGAGAGGAUUGUUCCACUGGCUAAAGGUCUCGACCAGGAUUUGGCCACACACCUGCAUCUUGCAUCGAAAACAAGGAAUUUCUGGAAGAUAUCAGAGGCACUCAGCAGACAUCAAGAGGUCCUUUGUUCCUGAAAUAUUUUGGAAGAGGAUUUAUUAGGGUUCCAGUGCCGUGCGCUAAAAUCCUCCAAGGGGGCAGGCUGCCUCCCCUCUGGAUGGGAUGCAGGGAUGCAGAGGUGCCCAGGUGACCAGACACUCCCCUCCAGCAAGCUUUGGAGUUGGGCGCCAUGCUGAGCCCGAGGAGGGGACUGCGGGGGGCGGCGGCACCGUGACUGUGACUGUGACCGGCUACUGCUCCUCAUCUGGGUCCUCUCUGUCCAGCCAGGUGGCUACCAGAUACCCAGAGCCCCAGCAAGCCCCUGACAGGUGCUGUGGCCCAGCCCACGUGAUCUGAAGACAACAAGAAGGAACCAAUGGCUUUAGCAGGCGGCCCAGAUUCCUUUCUGCACCAUCCGUACUACCAGGACCAGGUGGAGCAGACACCCCCUCGCCGGCCUGGAGAUCUCGCAGCACCCGGCUUUGCAGCGCCGCCCGACCGGCUGGCGAAUCACCAAGAGGAUGAUGUGGACCUGGAGGCACUGGUGAACGACAUGGACGCGUCCCUGGAGAGCCUGUGCGCGGCCUCGGAGACAGCGCCCCUCCUGCACAACGGCCAGCACGCCCGCGGCCCGGCCCCCGGAGCCAGGCCCCUGCAGCCGCAGGCAGCCCCACGGCAGAGGGUCCAGCGGUCCCAGCCCGUGCACAUCCUCGCCGUCAGGCGCCUGCAGGAGGAAGACCAGCAGUUGCGGACGUCAUCCCUGCCGGCCAUCCCCAACCCCUUCCCCGAGCUCUGUGGCCCCGGGAGCCCCCCGGCGCUCACACCGGGCUCCUUACCUCCCGGCCCGGCCACUGCCAAGCAGGAUGUUAAAGUCUUUAGUGAAGACGGGACAAGCAAAGUGGUGGAGAUUCUGGCGGACAUGACGGCCAGGGAUCUGUGCCAGUUGCUGGUUUACAGAAGUCACUGUGUGGACGACAACAGCUGGACACUGGUGGAGCACCACCCACACCUGGGAUUAGAGAGGUGCUUGGAAGACCAUGAGCUGGUGGUCCAGGUGGAGAGCACCAUGGCAAGUGAAAGUAAAUUUUUAUUCAGGAAGAAUUAUGCAAAAUAUGAGUUUUUCAAAAAUCCCAUGAAUUUCUUCCCAGAGCAGAUGGUUACCUGGUGCCAGCAGUCAAACGGCAGUCAGACCCAGCUUUUACAGAAUUUUUUAAACUCCAGUAGUUGUCCUGAGAUUCAAGGGUUUUUGCACGUGAAGGAGCUGGGAAGGAAGUCGUGGAAGAAGCUGUACGUGUGUUUGCGGAGAUCUGGUCUCUAUUGCUCCACAAAGGGAGCUUCAAAGGAGCCCAGACACUUACAGCUCCUGGCCGACCUGGAGGACAGCAGUGUCUUUUCCCUGAUCGCCGGCAGGAAGCAGUACGGCGCCCCCACGGACUACGGCUUCUGCAUAAAGCCAAACAGAGUCAGGAACGAGGCCAAGGAGCUGCGGUUGCUCUGCGCCGAGGACGAGCAGAGCCGCACGUGCUGGAUGACGGCCUUCAGGCUCCUCAAGUAUGGAAUGCUCCUUUACCAGAACUACAGAACCCCUCAGCAGAGGAAGGCCAUGCUGUCCCCCUUCUCUACUCCAGUGCGCAGUGUCUCUGAGAACUCCCUCGUGGCCAUGGAUUUUUCUGGGCAAACGGGAAGAGUGAUCGAGAAUCCGGCCGAGGCCCAGAGCGCAGCCCUGGAAGAAGGCCAUGCCUGGAGGAAGCGGAGCACGCGGAUGUAUAUCCUAGGUAGCCAAAGCCCCCUGCACCCCUCCACCCUAAGUACAGUGAUUCACAGGACGCAGCACUGGUUUCACGGCAGGAUCUCCAGGGAGGAGUCGCAUCGGAUCAUUAAGCAGCAAGGGCUCGUGGAUGGGCUCUUUCUCCUCCGUGACAGCCAGAGUAAUCCAAAGGCAUUUGUCCUCACACUGUGUCAUCAUCAGAAAAUUAAAAAUUUCCAGAUCUUACCUUGCGAGGAUGACGGGCAGACCUUCUUCAGCCUUGACGACGGGAACACCAAAUUCUCUGACCUGAUCCAGCUCGUUGACUUUUACCAGCUGAACAAAGGCGUCCUGCCUUGCAGACUGAAGCACCACUGCAUCCGCGUGGCCUUAUGACCUCAGGUCUACCCUGGCUGCAGGCCGGAGGACGCUGACACUGGAGUGAGGAGGUCUGUGCAUCGUUCAGAACACACGUCUGUGUGCACCUUGGGGCUCAGAGCGAGAUGGGUGCGUUCGGCGCCGACCGACCACGGUCGGCUGGUUUGUUGGACUUGACGAUGAUUUGCUGCCGAGAUCCAGCCAAGGCCGCCCCCUCUCGCAGGCCUCAUGGCGGGGCGGGAGACAGCAAAUUCGAGAAUAAACUGAAAUUUUGGUCUUGGCCGGGCCACUGAGGAAGGCGAGCCGGAGAGAAGUGAUUGGAAAUGAACUCUUGCCCUGGAAUAAUCUUGACAAUUAAAACUGAUAUGUUUAC